UAAAACAGGAAACAGUUGAGUCCGUUAACCAGAAAUGAAGGUGCUCUCACAGCUUCCUCCUCCAUCUUCUUCACACAACUUCACUCUCUUCACUCAAACCAACAACUUCAAAUUCACACUCAAAGUACCCAUUUUACCCCUCCACUCCUCCUCCUCCCAUCUCACCGCACCGGCACCAUGUUGCUCUCUCCGCGACUCAUCAACCACCACCACCACCGUGCUGGACAAAAAUACCCGUCCCUCCGAACAGACUUCCCGCAAUGACGCUCCGCCGAAAGACUCUAACGGCGCGCUCGUGGUUCGCCGGCCGGUGAUGGAGAUCUCCGGCGAGGUGAAGGAGGCAGAUGAAGAUGAGGAUGACACGAAGGGUUCUUCGAUUGACGCCGGGCUAACCAGAUUCGCGAAGAAGAUGCCGUUGUUUGAACCUAAGAGGGUCGAAUCGGAGCCUAAAGAGAAACCCCUCACUGUGAAUUUGGACUUGGCGUUGUAUAAGGCUAAGGUUUUGGGUAGAAAGUUUCGGUAUGAAGAAGCAGAGCAAAUUCUUCAGAAGUGUAUAUGCUGUUGGCCAGAAGAUGGUAGAGCUUAUGUGGCACUUGGGAAGAUUUUGAGCAAGCAAUCCAAAACAAGUCAAGCCAGAGAGGUAUAUGAACAGGGUUGCCAAGCUACUCAGGGUGAAAAUGCUUACAUUUGGCAGUGCUGGGCAGUUCUUGAAAAGAAAAUGGGAAAUAUCAGGAAAGCAAGAGAGCUUUUUGAUGCUGCCACGGUAGCUGAUAAGAGGCAUGUUGCAGCUUGGCACGGAUGGGCAGUUCUAGAGUUGAAACAGGGAAAUAUAACGAAGGCUAGGAAUCUGCUUUCCAAAGGUCUUAAGUAUUGUGGACAGAAUGAGUACAUAUACCAAACUCUUGCUUUGCUUGAAGUUAGAGCAAAUAGAUUUCAGCAGGCUCGAUACUUAUUUAAUCAGGCCACUAAGUGUAAUCCUAACAGCUGUGCUAGUUGGCUUGCUUGGGCACAAAUGGAAGUGGGACAGGAAAACUAUCGUACUGCUAGGAAAUUAUUUGAGAGAGCAGUGCAAGCAAGUCCUAAAAAUAGGUUUGCUUGGCAUGUAUGGGGCAUUUUUGAAGCUAAUGUGGGCAACAUUAUUAAGGGAAGAAAACUUCUAAAGAUUGGCCAUGCGCUGAAUCCAAGAGAUCCCGUUCUCCUCCAGUCUCUUGCAUUACUGGAAUACAAUCACUCGAGUGCAAACCUUGCUCGGAUUUUGUUCAGGAGAGCUUCUGAAUUAGACCCGAAACAUCAACCUGUUUGGUUUGCUUGGGGUUGGAUGGAAUGGAAAGAAGGAAACUUGAAUACAGCUAGAGAACUAUACCAGAAAGCCUUAUCGAUUAAUUCAAACAGUGAAAGUGCUGCCAGGUGUCUCCAGGCAUGGGGUGUUCUGGAGCAGAGGGUUGGCAAUCUUUCAGCUGCUCGUAGAUUAUUUAGAUCCUCGUUGAAUAUAAAUUCUCAGAGUUAUGUGACAUGGAUGACAUGGGCUUCACUGGAGGAAGAUCAAGGAAAUUCUGUGCGUGCUGAAGAGAUUCGUAACCUUUAUUUCCAGCAGCGCACGGAGGUUGUGGAUGAUGCUUCAUGGGUUAUGGGAUUCUUAGAUAUUCUAGACCCUGCGAUUGACACUUUGAAGAGACUCCUGAAGCUGGACUCAAAUGCUUACACCACGCCGCUUGAUUCUCUGAGAAAUAUUGCCGGAAAAAAUCGAAACAAGGCUGAUUUUUCUAGUGGCGAGGAUGGUGAAAGUGACUUUGACUUGGAUGCUUUCAUUAUGGACAGAUUAUCUUUUGAUUCGUCCAAUCUAGAAGUUCAGUUGGGAACACCAAAAAUGCCUUCUGUGAAAAGAUAUUCGUCUCCAAGAAGGAUAUGGAAGAAGGAUAUGGCCAUCAAAUGAUAGAGUUGGCAAAGUGUAAUCUCAAAAUAUAGGUAAUGUUGUUAAGGGUUGGGCCUUGUGCAGUACAAAUUGGUGUCUUCUCAAAUUAAAUUUUAAAGUAUGACCAUAGCACAGGAGAUGUCUUGCCUUGUGUUGAAAACAUAGCACUGCAAGAAAAUUUUAAUGAAAAAAAAAGUAUACUACGAGUUAUGAUUGACA